CGGCCAUGGAGCGAGUGAACGACGCUUCCUGCGGCCCGUCGGGCUGCUACACCUACCAGGUGAGCAGACACAGCACGGAGAUGCUGCACAACCUGAACCAGCAGCGCAAAAACGGCGGGCGCUUCUGCGACGUGCUCCUGCGGGUGGGCGACGAGAGCUUCCCAGCGCACCGCGCGGUGCUGGCUGCCUGCAGCGAGUACUUUGAGUCGGUGUUUAGCGCCCAGUUGGGCGACGGCGGAGCUGCGGACGGGGGUCCCGCUGAUGUGGGGGGCGCAGCGGCGGCCCCGGGUGGUGGGGCUGGGGGCAGCCGGGAGCUGGAGAUGCACACCAUCAGCUCCAAGGUGUUCGGGGACAUCCUGGACUUCGCCUACACUUCCCGCAUUGUGGUUCGCCUGGAGAGCUUCCCCGAGCUUAUGACGGCCGCCAAGUUUCUGCUGAUGAGGUCGGUCAUUGAGAUCUGCCAGGAAGUCAUCAAACAGUCCAAUGUGCAGAUCCUGGUGCCCCCUGCCCGGGCCGACAUCAUGCUGUUUCGUCCCCCUGGGACCUCGGACUUGGGUUUCCCUUUGGACAUGACCAAUGGGGCAGCCUUGGCAGCCAACAGCAAUGGCAUCGCAGGCAGCAUGCAGCCUGAGGAGGAGGCAGCUCGGGCGGCUGGUGCAGCCAUUGCGAGCCAAGCCUCCCUGCCUGUGUUACCUGGGGUGGACCGCUUGCCCAUGGUGGCCGGACCCCUGUCCCCCCAACUGCUGACUUCCCCAUUCCCCAAUGUGGCAUCCAGUGCCCCUCCCCUGACUGGCAAGCGAGGCCGGGGCCGCCCAAGGAAGGCCAACCUGCUGGACUCAAUGUUCGGGUCCCCAGGGGGCCUGAGGGAGGCAGGCAUCCUUCCAUGUGGCCUGUGUGGGAAGGUGUUCACUGAUGCCAACCGGCUCCGGCAGCACGAGGCCCAGCAUGGUGUCACCAGCCUCCAGCUGGGCUACAUCGACCUUCCUCCUCCGAGGCUGGGUGAGAAUGGGCUACCCAUCUCUGAGGACCCCGACGGCCCCCGAAAGAGGAGCCGGACCAGGAAGCAGGUGGCCUGCGAGAUCUGCGGCAAGAUCUUUCGUGAUGUGUACCAUCUCAAUCGGCACAAGCUGUCCCACUCGGGGGAGAAGCCCUAUUCCUGCCCUGUGUGUGGGCUGCGGUUCAAGAGGAAAGAUCGCAUGUCCUACCACGUGCGGUCCCACGAUGGGUCCGUGGGAAAGCCCUACAUCUGCCAGAGCUGUGGGAAAGGCUUCUCCAGGCCUGAUCACUUGAACGGACAUAUCAAGCAGGUGCACACUUCUGAGCGGCCUCACAAGUGUCAGGUGUGGGUUGGGAGCAGCAGCGGCCUGCCGCCCCUGGAAUCUCUUCCUAGCGACCUGCCAUCAUGGGACUUUGCCCAGCCUGCUUUGUGGAGGUCGUCCCAUUCGGUUCCUGACACCGCCUUUUCCCUUUCUCUAAAAAAAUCCUUCCCAGCCCUCGAAAACCUGGGCCCGGCACCCUCCAGCAACGCUCUCUUCUGCCCAGCCCCGCCGGGCUAUCUGAGGCAGGGUUGGACUGCCCCAGAGGGCAGCCGGGCCUUUACCCAGUGGCCUGUGGGCUAGCCGGGGCCUCCCGAGAGGGUUUUCUGUGGAGGGGAACGGCAGUGGCAGUGGUCUGAGCCCCCUGCUUUUGGGAGAGGCCAGCAGAGUGGUCCCUGCCCACCAUGCCCAGCUCCUCCCUGGGUGACUUGGACUCUUUCCCAGCUCAAGGACCCCAAAUAGGGGUAGCAAAAGGCUCCUUCCUGGGUCCUCCCCAUGGUCUCCACGUUUCUUUCUGGGCUCUCUUGCCUUGUUUUCCCUCUUUAGCAGAUGGCACCCCUGGGUGUCUGUCCUUGCCUGGAGGUUGAUGCUUUCCUAGGAACUAAGCCACCGGCUUACAUGCUUCCCCUCCCCUGGCAUCACCUCCCCUAAGGGGUUUCUAGAAUGGGGCCUGGCCACCCCUCCCCCAACUCUGGGAGUGAAUCCUCCUCCAGAGGAGACUCCGGCGCAACUCCAGCUGGGCCAACCAUGCUGCCCUCAUCCCUUCCCACUCACAUAGGUCCGCUUUCAUUUCUGGCUUGUGAAUUAGACUUUUGUGGUUUUGAGGUUUAUUAGCAGGUCUGCUCAGGAACUAGAUUAACCAGUAGCUUUACAUUGGGUCAUCCCAAUAUAUGGCUUUGGGUGCUGAUAAAGCAGAUGUAGACCUCCGUCGGAUCCCAGUGGUGUGCCCUUCAGCCCCCGCGGGCUCUGCGGGGAUAAUAGGAGUGAUGAUAAAAGUUUUCAUUCUAACA